CGGGUAGGGAUGGCGACCGCGGUCUCUGAUCCGGAGGUGUCUGCGGAGGAACAGGAGCCUCUGCUGAAUCCCCGGGAGCGCAGGAGUAAAUUGCACCAUUACCCCGUGUCUUGUCCAUGUGAUUCCUUGUGAAAAGGGAGCCUCCAGCUGCUUGGUAGCCACCCUUUGGUUGCUGGAACACAGCAAAAAGGUAUGCUGUGGAAACCCAAAUGCACUACAUGAGUAGGUGGAGAUCCAUUAGGAUUAUGUAUCUUACUAUGUUUCUCAGUAGUGUAGGUUUCUCAAUUGUAAUUAUGUCUGUGUGGCCAUAUCUCCAAAAGAUUGAUCCGACAGCUGAUGCAAGUUUCUUGGGCUGGAUUAUAGCUUCCUACAGCAUUGGCCAGAUGGUUGCCUCUCCUCUGUUUGGAGUGUGGUCCAACUACAGGCCCAGGAGAGAACCUCUGGUUGUUUCAAGUGCUAUUUCUGUAGCUGCUAAUUGUCUUUAUGCCUAUGUCCAUGUUCCUCACUCAUACAACAAGUACUACAUGCUGACUGCACGUGCUCUGGUGGGAUUUGGAGCAGGAAACGUGGCUGCAGUUAGAUCAUACAUUGCAGGUGCCACUUCUCUUACAGAAAGAACAAGUGCUAUGGCCAACACCAGUGCUUGUCAGGCAAUUGGCUUCAUAUUAGGACCAGUUUUUCAGACAUGUUUUACACUUAUUGGAGAAGAAGGAAUAACCUGGAAAUUAAUUCAUCUUCAGCUGAACAUGUAUACAGCACCAGUUUUAUUUGGAGCUUUCCUAGGAGUUGUUAACAUUAUUCUCAUCUUUGCUAUAUUUAGGGAACAUCGUGUGGAUGAUAUGGGGCGGCAAUAUGGAAGUGUCAAUUUUGCUGAAGAAAGUGCUGGUCUGGAUCAGGACACAGAAGGAAAUGUUGACCAUGUUGCUGUGGUAGCAAUUAAUUUUCUUUUCUUUGUUAUCUUGUUCGUGUUUGCUGUCUUUGAAACCAUAGCUACUCCACUGACCAUGGAUAUGUACUCCUGGACCAGGGAAGAAGCUGUUCUUUAUAAUGGAAUAAUCCUGUGUGUGGUUGGCAUAGAAUCAGUUGUUGUUUUCAUGGUGGUUAAAGCACUCUCUAAGAAGACAGGUGAGCGUGCCAUACUCCUUGGAGGCUUACUGAUUAUCUUGGCUGGCUUCUUUGUCUUACUGCCUUGGGGGGAAAAACUACCAAAUAUCCAGUGGCAAGAAAUAAAGAAUAACUCCAUUCCCCAGACAACUUCCACUGAAAUGCCAACGCUUGCCUUGAGUUUGCCAGCAAUGAAACUUGCACCCCAGAGCACAGCACAACCCGUGGGCUGCCCUGUCACACAGCCCUGGUGCUUCAGUACCCCUAAGAUCUACCUGGCUCAGUAUAUCAGCUCUGAUGUGCUGAUAGGACUGGGUUAUCCAGUUUGUAAUGUCAUGUCCUACACUUUAUACUCAAAAAUUCUAGGGCCAAAGCCUCAGGGUGUCUACAUGGGAUGGUUAACAGCCUCUGGAAGUGGAGCACGAAUACUUGGGCCUGUUUUUGUGAGCCAAAUCUACACUCACCUGGGCCCACGUUGGGCAUUUAGCUUAAUCUGUGGAGUAGUUACAGUUUCUCUCUUCAUCUUGGAGAUGGUGUACAAGAGACUAAUUGCAUUUUCUGUCAGAUAUGGAAGGGUGCAAGAAGAGAACUGUUAAUUUAUUUUUUUUUUAAAUAAGCUUGUUUGUUUUUUAAACAGAAAGGCAAAAUUAACUGGAAAAACUUCGAUUUAUUACUACUUUUUAAUGAGGAAUAUCUAACUGCUGACCUUGUUGGCUGUAUGCUAAGAACUGAACUUGUACUUACACAUUGACAGAACAUGAAACUUAGUGAUACCCUAAUACAGAGCUGCUGCCAGAGCUUUUCUGCUUCUUGACAGCAGAGGGAGGGAUGUGAGCAAGUUCAGUAGGUUCUGUGGCACAUUUAAGUGAUGCACCUGUGUGCUGAAUGCAGCUCCAAGGGUCACAGGUUAUGUGUGCAUCCUUUUCAGAGAGAAGUAAAAGAAAUAUUUAUCUUGAUUCUGUGAAUCAGGAUUAGUCACUCCUUUUAAACUGUAAAACGAGUUGAGUGGCAUGCACUUUGCACAGCAACAUUGCUACUUGAGUGAACCUUCCCUUGGGUGUGGAGUUUGUUAGUUUGUAAGCACUGGUUAACACAAAAUAUCUCACUUGAAAUGGGUACAGAUCAGUACAGCCACUCCAGGAUUCCAGAUGAAAUGUGACAGCCUAGAGGAGUUUCUGUUGGAUUGGGGUGAAGUUGAUAAAGAGCCACUGAAAAGCACAGCCAGAGUGGCUGUUACUUGAAUGCACUGAAGGAAAUGUGCAAUUUCUCUUGCUAUGGUUUUGCUGAAUGCCUUUUUUUUAGCCAGAAAGCUACCCCACACAGAGUGGAGUUAGGCACAGCUUUUCCCAACUGCAACACCAGAAGGAAGGAGUAAGCAUGAUAGUUUACACUUCUGUUCUCAUUUUUGGGAUGGAAGGCUCUGUGCUGAGCAAGCAGCAUUAAUGCUAACUAAGUAAAAAGGCUCUUCAGGUCUUGUCUAGUAUUUGUAGACUUGUUUUCUGACAAUAGGGUAUGAGAAACAGGAAUUUACUAUGUUUGAAUCAUUGUCUUUAUUUUGAAAAGUGAAAUAAUAAAUUUUUCUUUAUAAUGGGGCCUAAGAUCAUCUGUAUGGGUUUGUUUUAGCUGUUUUCAGUACUGCUUGGGGGGAAAAAAUCUGGAGUAACUCAUAGGAGAGUUGUAGCUGCUCUUUAAUGUGUCUAAUAUUUUAUGCUUACUGAAUUAAUGAAAUGUAAUUAAGUAUUCUUUUGUAAUCUAUUGUUCAAACAUUAAAAGACUACUUAAUUAAAAGAUUAUUUUUUC